AUGGAAAUCACUAAUUCUAAAGAAUACUUUAAUAAUAUUGAAGAGCUUCUGAAUGACGCUUCAUUAUCAUCUCAUAAAUAGAUUUAAAUUUCUUUAUAUGAAAAGCUUGGAAGAAACGAUUUCAAAAAUAUGUGCAAAGCAUUAGAGAAUUGUAUUAAUCUCUUAUCUCUAAAUAUUAAUAUAGGAAAGUUAUAAAUUGGAAAUUAAGGUAUGAGAUUUUUGUUUUCUAGCUUAAUUAAAUGCCCAAAUAUCUCAACUUUAAGCCUCAUUUUACCAUAAAAUUAAAUUUGUGAUAGUGGAGCAUCACACUUAGAAUCUGCUUUAGGGAAUAUUAGUAAACUCUAAAAUCUUACUCUUGACAUUAGUAACUGUAGUAUACAAUGCAAAGGAGCUUCAGCUUUAGCAUCUGGUUUAUCAAGAUGUUAAAAUAUCUAUUUACUUAAGCUUAACAUCAGUUAUAAUUAGAUUGGAUCAUAAGGUAUGUCAAAAUUAAGCUCUGCUUUAGAAAAUUGCAAAUAACUUUCAAUUUUUGAAAUUAAUUUAAAUUAUACUAAUAUUGGCGAUAAGGGAGUUUCAGCUUUAGGUUCUGCUUUGGCAAAAUACACUUCUCUCUCUUUUUUUUAAAUUUAACUUUGGAACAUUCAAAAAGUCCUUGGAUCUGAGGGCGUUUCAAAUUUAGGUAUUGGUCUGUCAUAAUGCAAAAAUCUCUAAACUUUGAAAAUUGAUUUAUAUGACAAUGAAAUUGAUGGAUAAGGGGCAUCAAGUUUAGUUUAUGGUUUAAAAAAGUUAAAUCAACUAUAAAAUUUGAGUCUUAAUCUUAGUAGAAAUAAAAUUGGAAAUAACGGAUAGAUUGACAUCUUCUCUCCUUUAUAAAGUUGCAUUUUUCUUUAAACUUUUGAUGUUGAUCUUAGAGGUAACGAAUUUAGUAGCGAGGAUUUAAUAGCUUUAAGUUCUACUCUAAAAAUCUGUAAUAAUUUAUCAACUUUAUCACUUAUCAUAAGUAGUGUUUAUAUCACAGGCUAUGGUUUGUAAGGAUUAGCUUUUGGUAUAGAAAAAUGCUUUAAACUCUAACACCUUACUCUUGAUCUAAGUUUUAAAAAUAUUAAUGUUGAAGAUAUAUAAAUUUUAGGCUCUUGUAUAGCAAAGUGUAGUAACUUAUUAACUUUAUUUCUUUAAAAUAUUUUUAGGUUUUAAUAUGAUGAAGAAAUUUCGCUUGGAAGAAACGAUUUCAAAAAUAUAUGCAAAGAAUUAGAGAAUUGUAUUAAUCUCUUAUCUCUAAAUCUCAAAAUAGGAAAAUUAUAAAUUGGAAAUUAAGGUAUGAGAUUUUUGUUUUCUAGCUUAAUUAAAUGCCCAAAUAUCUCAACUUUAAGCCUCAUUUUACCAUAAAAUUAAAUUUGUGAUAGUGGAGCAUCACAAUUAGAAUCUGCUUUAGGGAAUAUUAGUAAACUCUAAAAUCUAACUCUUGACAUUAGUAACUGUAGUAUACAAUGCAAAGGAGCCUCAGCUUUAGCAUCUGGUUUAUCAAGAUGUUAAAAUAUCUAUUUACUUAAGCUUAACAUCAGUAAUAAUUAGAUUGGAUCAUAAGGUAUGUCAAAAUUAAGCUCUGCCUUAGAAAAUUGCAAAUAGCUUUCAAUUUUAGAACUUAAUUUAAAUUCUACUAAUAUUGGCGAUAAGGGAGUUUCAGCUUUAGGUUCUGCUUUGGCAAAAUACACUUCUCUCUCUUUUUUUUAAAUUUAACUUUGGAACAUUCAAAAAGUCCUUGGAUCUGAGGGUCUUUCAAAUUUAGGUAUUGGUCUGUCACAAUGCAAAAUUCUCUAAACUUUGAAAAUUGAUUUAUUUAACAAUGAAAUUGAUGGAUAAGAGGCAUCAAAUUUAGUUUUAGGUUUAAAAAAUUUAAAUCAGCUAUAAAAUUUGAGUCUUAAUCUUAGUAGAAAUAAAAUUGGAAAUAACGGAUAGAUUGACAUCUUUUCUCCUUUAUAAAGUUGUAUUUUUCUUUCAACUUUUGAUGUUGAUCUUAGAGGUAACGAAUUUAGUAGCGAGGAUUUAAUAGCUUUAAGUUCUACUCUAAAAAUCUGUAAUAAUUUAUCAACUUUAUCACUUAUCAUAAGUAGCAAUGAUAUCACAGACUAUGGUUUGUAAGGAUUAGCUUUUUGUAUAGAAAAAUGCUUUAAGCUCUAACACUUUACUCUUGAUCUAAGUUUUAAUAAAAUUACUUUUGAAGCAAGAAGAUUAGUUAAAAGAUAAAUUGGUUUGUGA